AUGGAUGAUUCAGUUAGAUCUUUAAUUAGAUUUGUUGGUAGAGGUUUUUAUACAACUCCAUAUGUUUUAAUUCUUGAUGCUGUCCUAAGACAUUCUGUUUUAUCAGAAGAUGAUUUAAUUCAUUUAUUAGGUAUUAAAAGAAAAGAAUUAAGAUCUGUAUGUAAUAAAUUAGUUGAUGAUAGAUUAUUAAUAAAUCAUAUUCAAAGAGAAGAAGGUAUUGGUUUUCAUCAACAAAAAUACGUUACGCGUACUUAUUUUUUCAUUCAUAUUACAGAAGCUAUUGAUUCUAUAAAAUGGAAAGUUCAUUCAAUUGUAAAUAAUUUAAAAAGUGAAAUGUCAAAUUUUGGUAAUCCACAAGGUUAUAUUUGUCCAAGAUGUGGGAAAAAAGUUAGUCAAUUAGAUGCUAUAAGUUUGUUGAGUGAAGAUAAAACUGAAUUUAUUUGUGAUGUUUGUCAAGGGAUUUUAAUUGAAGAUGAUCUGCAUCAACAAGCAAGUUUAAAACAAGAAAGAUUAGAAAAAUUAAUGGCACAAAUUGAUCCAAUAAUUAAAUUUUUAAAAAUUAUUGAUGAUAAACAAAUUCAAGAUAAUGAUUUUGAAUCGAGUUUAUUACAAGCAAUACCUGCACAAUCUUCAACAUCAGCAUCGUAUUCAUUAUCAAAUAGAAUUAGUUCAAAAUCGAGAUCAGCAAAUGCAGCAGCAUUACAAAAUCAAAAUGCGAAAUCACAAGCAACUUUACAUGUUUCAAUUACAGCAAAUGAUGAAAAUUUAGAAAGAGAAUUGGAAGAAAAAGAAAGAAAAAGACAAAAAUUGGAACAAAAUGCAUUACCAUCAUGGCAUUCAAAUUCUACUGUGGGUCAUAUUCUUAAUAAAGAUGAACUGGAAGACAUAAAAGAGGAGAAUAAUGAUGUAAUUGAUGAAGAACCAAAGAAAUUAUCAAUAUCAAAUGCAAGUAAUAAUACUGAUUUGAAAGAUAAAGAAGCACAAGAUGCAUUAGCAGCAUAUUAUGCACAAUUAGCAGAACAACAAAAUGAAGAAGAAGACGAUGAAGAAGAAGAAGAAGAAGAUGAUGAUGAUGAAUUUGAUGAUAUUAUAUAG